CAUGUCCCGACGAGAAAGAGAGAAAGAGAGAAAGAGAGAGAGUGUCUUGUUUGUCAAGAUCUAGGGUUUCCUAUCUCCUCUUUUUUCACAGACAACUGCAGGCUCAUCUUUCUCUGUCUGAUGAUUUUUCAUUUACCAAGAUCGAUACUUCGUGUCUUCUAAACAAUAGUUUCUUCUUUGUCUUGCCAUGGAAUAAGACGAGGGAAGCUACUUUGAUUAAUCAUGGCCACUUCUCAAUGACCCUUUCUACUGAAAUCUCUAACCCUAAAAUUUCUUUCCAAGUUGUGUCUCUGAAGCUCAUCAGAUUGAAUUUACUGUAGUCUUAGUUUUGGAAGGAAGAAGAAGAGAGGACCCAGAAAGAAAAGAUGGAGGGAAGUGAUCAAACUGGAUGCUCAAAGACAAAAGCCUACUGCAGACGAAAUCAAGAUGAGAGCGUGAGUGGAGAAAUUGAUGAUGAUGAAAAUAGGCCUAAAAAUGGAUCAAGUUCUAGCAACAGCACUGUUGAAGAGAGCGAUAAGAAGAUUUCAGUGAGGCCUUAUGUUAGAUCCAAGAUGCCAAGGCUUCGGUGGACGCCUGAGCUUCAUCUCUGCUUUGUUAAAGCUGUGGAAAGACUUGGCGGACAAGAUAGAGCUACUCCUAAGUUAGUGCUCCAGCUGAUGAAUGUCAAUGGGCUGAGCAUUGCUCAUGUCAAGAGCCAUCUACAGAUGUACAGAAGCAAGAAGAUCGAUGACCCAAGUCAAGUAAUGGCUGAUCAUAGGCAUCUUGUGGAAAGUGGAGAUCGCAAUAUUUAUAAUCUUCUACAAGGAUACAACCAACGCCAUGGUUCCAGCUACAGAUAUGGAGAUGCUUCUUGGAAUGCUCGUGAAACUUUUCUUAAUAAUCCUCAAAUGGGUCGGUGUUCAGUGGACGAAACCAGACAAGGAUUAUAUGGGAAAGUAGCCGAGAGGAUCUUUGCAGGCAACAGUAAUAGCAAUUGGACCAACUGGAAGUUCCAUACAGGAGCUUCCUCUUUCAGUUCACAGUCUUGUCGGAAAACGGAAGAGAUGAACAGUGAACUACGACCGUCGCACAAUCCAAAAUUCUGGCAACCCCAUUCAAGUUCAAGCUUCAUGGAGCUGAACCAUGCAGCACAGUUUCUGAAAGCCAAAGUAGGGGAAAACAAUCUAUUUAAUAGAAGUAAUAUCUUGAUUUCAGAUAUGAAAUCCCCGGCAAGUAAUCUAAAAGAUCAAGUGAAACCGGUGAAAAGGAAGGCUGCAGAUUGCAAUCUUGACUUGGAUCUUUCACUGAAGCUAACAGUACCGGGAAAUGAUGAUAGCCGGCGAAGUUUGGAGGACGGUGAAGUUGACAGUGAGUUAUCUUUGUCUCUGUUCGCAUCAUCAUCCUCAAAGGCAAAGCUUAGCAGAUUGAAGGGAGGAGGAGGAUGAAAAUAAUAAAGAACAUGCAAAAAAAAAAAAAAAAAA